CUCUGCCUAUAAAGCGUUCCCGGCCGCCGUGCCGUUGCACUUAGUGUUCGUGCGCCACCAAUGCUUCCUGAGAGGGGACGGCGGCCAUUUUGUUCGGUGCUGGGUCGCUGCUGAGAGCGGCGGGCGGGAGGCAGGCGAGCGCCGGGCCGGCGGGCAGCAGGGAGAGGCGGGCGACUCGGGCGCGGGAGCUGCGGAGCCCGCAUUGCCGCUGAGAGGCGAUGGCGGAUAUAGACAAGCUCAAUAUCGACAGCAUCAUCCAACGGCUGCUGGAGGUGAGGGGUUCAAAACCAGGUAAAAACGUCCAACUUCAGGAGAAUGAAAUUAGAGGACUGUGCUUGAAAUCCAGAGAAAUCUUUCUCAGUCAGCCUAUUCUACUAGAACUUGAAGCCCCACUUAAAAUAUGUGGUGACAUCCAUGGACAAUACUAUGACUUACUUCGACUCUUUGAAUAUGGAGGUUUUCCACCAGAAAGCAACUAUCUAUUUCUUGGUGACUAUGUUGAUAGAGGAAAACAGUCUUUAGAAACAAUUUGUCUCUUAUUGGCCUACAAAAUCAAAUAUCCUGAGAAUUUUUUCCUUCUUAGAGGGAACCAUGAAUGUGCCAGCAUUAAUAGAAUUUAUGGAUUUUAUGAUGAAUGUAAAAGAAGAUAUAACAUUAAGCUGUGGAAAACUUUUACAGACUGUUUUAACUGUUUACCAAUUGCAGCCAUUGUGGAUGAAAAAAUAUUCUGCUGUCAUGGAGGCCUGUCGCCAGACCUUCAGUCAAUGGAACAGAUUCGGCGAAUUAUGCGUCCCACUGAUGUACCAGAUCAGGGUCUUCUUUGCGAUCUGUUAUGGUCCGACCCUGACAAAGACGUCUUAGGAUGGGGUGAAAACGACAGAGGAGUGUCCUUCACAUUUGGUGCUGAAGUGGUUGCAAAGUUUCUCCAUAAACAUGAUUUGGAUCUUAUAUGUAGAGCUCAUCAGGUGGUUGAAGAUGGGUAUGAGUUCUUUGCAAAAAGGCAAUUGGUAACUCUAUUUUCUGCCCCAAAUUACUGUGGAGAAUUUGACAAUGCUGGUGCCAUGAUGAGUGUGGAUGAAACUCUCAUGUGUUCUUUUCAGAUUUUGAAACCUGCAGAGAAAAAGAAGCCUAAUGCUAGCAGACCUGUAACGCCACCAAGGGGUAUGAUCACAAAACAAGCGAAGAAAUAGUAAAUUUGGUACUGCCUAGUUGGGACUUGUAUUAUAGUAUAUAACCUCCAUUUUUAAAACUGUAACGUGUACUGUUCAGCUUGCUCAAAAUAGAUAAACGUGUUUGUGGUUUUUCAUUUUGAUUUAAUGAAUGGCAUUUGCUGGUUGUAACAGCAAAUGAAAGACUUUUCUCCCUUCCCAAGAAGAGUUUUUAAAACUUCCUUUAUGUCGGUGUUACAGCUGUACAGUCCACAGCAUCUUAUCCUGUCAUUAUGGGUAAUUGUACAACUGACUUUUUUGAAUCUGUACAAUGAGUAGUGUAAAUGCUUGUUUUCUUCUUUAGGAACUAAAGAGAGCACUAGUGUGCUGUGAGAUUAGAAAUUUGUUACUGUCAGAAGUUACAUACUGUUUAUACAAACCACUGUGAACUUUUUUUACUUUAAAAAUUUGUUUUAAAGGGAUUGCUUUUCUUUUAAUGUCUUGUCAUGUACACAUUAGUUUUAUUGCUGUCAACAUAAGAAAUAACCCUCAACCUGACCAGCAUCACUGGUAUGAUGUAUAUUUAAUUAAAGCACACUUCCCCUCUCAUAUGCUUUAAAUGAAAAUUAAAGCCAUUAUUUUAAAUGUUUGUGUCUCUUUCCUGAAGCCAAAGUUUCUGUUUAAAAAGCUGUAUCUACACAACCCAUCAAGAUGAGUUGGCAGGGCUUUACAUUCAAGCCUUUCUCUUGGAGAUAAAAGGAAGUUUUGACUUUAAAUACCAAGUUGUAAUGCUGUGCUGUUUGUGCUAUUAAUGGUAAAAGUAAACAAUGUUUUGUACAAUUUCAAUAUUCUGUUGAGUGAACCUUCUUACAGUUGCAGUUGUCCUGUGGCAGCCAGUUCCAGAAAGCAGUAACUUGUGGAAAUGGUUCUAGAUCUGCCUGAGAAUUUGUCCAUAUCUGGCCUAAAGACUUGCUUCUGCAAAGAAGCCUAGAAAAUAACUUGAUAAGCCAACCAAGCUCAGGAGUUAUUUCUGUUCACCAGUUUAUACAAAUCUAAGUCUCUUGUUUUUAAAAACAAAACUGUUAAUCUUUUUUUGAACAGAUGACAGUGUACAAUACCAUGUAGUGAAAAUAAUUCACUUAUUAAACAAAGAAAUUGUUAAA